CGACGCCGGCAUUCACGCAACAACGUGAGCAAGAGAGAGUUGCUGGUCGCGUAUCGAGACCAUCAUGUAUGGAUUUGUGAAUUACGCUUUGGAGCUAUUGGUUGUUAAAACUUUUGGCGAUGAAACAUGGGAAACUAUCAAGAAACAAGCCGAGCUUGAGAUGGAAGGAUCAUUUCUGGUGCGACAGAUCUAUGAAGAUGAACUUACUUACAACCUGAUAGGAGCCGCGGUGGACGUUUUACAAAUACCAGCCACCGCAAUUUUAGAACUUUUUGGAAAAACCUUUUUUGAGUUCUGCCAGGAUUCAGGCUUUGACAAAAUCCUACAGGUGUUAGGCGCCACUCCUAGGGACUUUCUUCAGAAUUUGGAUGCUCUGCACGAUCAUUUGGGAACUCUGUAUCCCGGGAUGAAAGCACCAUCCUUUCGUUGCACCGUCAGACCUGAAGAUGGCGCGUUGAUCUUGCAUUACUACUCCGACAGGCCCGGAUUGGAACAUAUUGUUAUCGGAAUAGUAAAGACCGUCGCUAGUAAGUUGCACGGUACUGAAGUGGUGGUCGAUAUUCUUAAAACCAAAGAAGAAUGCGAUCAUGUUCAGUUUUUAAUAACCGAAGCGUCUGGUCCCGGAAAAGUCCAACACCCGGAAAUCGAUGAAAUCCAGACUUUGUCGCUAGAACCCAAGGUAAACGCAGCCACGUUUUGCCGUGUGUUUCCUUUCCACAUUAUGUUCGACAGAGACCUGAAGAUCAUCCAAACAGGUUCAACAGUGGCCAGAGUAAUCCCGAAGGUGACCUCAACGGAUUGUCGCGUUACAGACAUUUUGGAUACGGUUCGUCCGCACUUGGAGUUAACCUUCGAAAACAUCCUCUCACACAUCAACACCAUCUACGUCCUCAAAACCCGACCGGGAGUAAUGCAAGUAAAUGCUCCACCAGAAUAUCGCUAUCUCCGUCUGAAAGGCCAGAUGCUGUACGUGCCAGAAACCGACUUGGUUAUCUUCCUCUGUUAUCCCAGCGUGAUGAAUCUGGACGACCUUACCAGGAGGGGCCUUUACAUCAGCGACAUUCCUCUCCAUGACGCCACACGCGAUUUGGUAUUAAUGUCCGAACAAUUCGAGGCGGACUACAAGCUGACUCGAAACUUGGAGAUGCUCACCGACAAGCUGCAGCAAACGUAUCGGGAGCUGGACAGAGAGAAAAAGAAGACCGACCGUCUGCUGUACUCCGUGUUGCCAAUUAGCGUGGCGAAUGAGCUGCGGCAUAAGAGGCCGGUACCUGCCAAAAGGUACGACUGCGUCACCUUGCUCUUCUCCGGAAUCGUCAACUUCUCGGCGCUUUGUGCUGCGAACACUGAUCCAAAAGGGGUUAUGAAGAUUGUGAACAUGCUUAAUGAGCUCUACACGAACUUCGACGAUUUGGCGGAUACUAAAAAGAAUCCUAAUAUUUAUAAGGUGGAAACCGUAGGCGACAAAUACAUGGCAGUAAGUGGUUUACCGGAACGUUGCUCCACCCACGCCCGGAAUAUUGCCAAAUUAGCUCUUGACAUGAUGGAUCGUGGUAAAUCCGUUCUGCACGACGGCGAGCCUGUGAGGAUCACAAUCGGCAUUCAUUCCGGUGAAGUAGUAACUGGAGUAAUUGGACACAGAAUGCCGCGCUAUUGUCUUUUCGGAAAUACCGUGAAUUUGACGAGUCGCACGGAAACCACCGGAGAACCCGGAAGGAUCAACGUGUCCGAGGAGGCUUACAAAUUCCUGUGCAAGGAGGACAACUACGACGAGCAGUUCCACUUCGAGUACCGCGGUCCGGUGACUAUGAAGGGUAAAUCUGAACCCAUGAACGUUUGGUUCUUGUCACGAGCCAAACCCGAGAUUACCCAGUGAGGAACCUGUAUAUGUUCAAAAACCACACAAAGACAUCGUGCAUAACAAUACGUCUCGUCUAAUCUAGGGACGGAAUUUUGCACUCUAAGUAACAUUCCAUGUCAGCGCGUGACAAGCUAGUCAACCGUAUUGUAUCAGUUGUGACAUAGCAUUCUUAUGUGUAAUUAUAGAGUACAAACUUGUACUUACAAGUAUCUAUUAAACAGAUUCAAUCAGAACUUGCGGUUGUGUCAGCACGCAUAAUAGAAAAUCCAUGUAUAAGCUACUACUCUAUCGUUUGUUGUUGUUGUUGUAUGAAAGAAACACUUAAGAAAACAGAUAAAAUAAAGAUAUGAUU